CCCCCUCUCGCACUGGGAACAAGGCGGGGAGAGGAGAGAGAGAGGGAACAGGGAACAUGACGCGCGCUCUCACGCAUGCGCGCUUUUGAGGGAGGGGGUCUCUGCGCUCCCUGUAGGUCAUCUGAGUGCGAUGUCUAAGGAAAAAGUAGAAAUUCCAGCCCCACCAACAUCAAAAUGUAUCUAUUAUUGGAAAAGAAAAGUCAAGUCAGAAUACAUGCGCCUUCGGCAGCUCAAGAGACUUCAAGCAAACAUGGGAGCCAAGGCUUUGUUUGCAUCUAACUACGCAAAGGUUCAAGAAAAGCUAGACAUCCUGAAUGAUGAUUGGAAGAAUCUAAGAGUUCAACCUAUUCAAUCAAUGAAGCUAGUUGGUGGGCACCCUUUUCUCAAACAGUGCACAGUUGAGAGCACUUUUCCCAACUGGAAUACACAGACGUUGUUCAUGAGGACACUAAACACCGUAGCCCUGGUGCCCAUCAUGUACUCCUGGUCCCCACUCCAGCAGAAUUUCAUGGUCGAGGAUGAAACCGUUCUGUGCAACAUCCCUUAUAUGGGGGACGAGGUGAAGGAGGAAGAUGAAACUUUCAUUGAAGAGCUGAUUAACAACUAUGAUGGCAAAGUCCAUGGAGAGGAAGAAAUGCUCUCGGGUUCUGUCCUGAUCAGUGAUGCUGUCUUCCUGGAGUUGGUAGAAGCACUGAAUCAGUACUCAGAGGAAGAAGAAGAUGGACUUGAUGGUGUUGAGGGCAAACAGGAAACUGGGAAGGAUGAACUGCCCAUCACCCGCAAGAGGAAACGGCUUUCUGUGGAAAGCAACAAGAAAUGUUCCAAGAAGCACUUUCCAAAUGACAUGAUCUUUACUGCACUUUCAUCCAUGUUCCCUGAGAAUGGCUUUCCAGAUGAUAUGAAAGAGAGAUAUAGGGAGCUGACAAAAGAAACUGAUCCAAAUGUGCUCCCUCCUGAAUGUACACCAAACAUUGAUGGACCUUUUGCCAAAUCUGUUCAGCGUGAGCAAGCCCUGCACUCCUUCCACACACUUUUUUGCAGGCGUUGCUUCAAGUAUGACUGUUUCCUACAUCCUUUCCAUGCUACCCCCAAUGUUUACAAACGGAAAAACAGAGAGACUAAGAUUGAAAUGGAACCCUGUGGGCCAGACUGCUUUUUGUGGUUGGAGGGAGCCAAGGAAUUUGCUAUACUACACAACCCACGAUCAAAGUACUCUGGACGACGUCGACGCAAACACCCCACACUCAGCGCCCCUUCCUCCUCCUCUAAUGCAUCCGCUUCCACAAGCAACGAAGCAAAAGAAGGGGACAGCGACAAAGAUACAGGCAAUGACUGGGCCUCCAGUUCUUCUGAGGCAAACUCGCGUUGUCAGACCCCGACCAAGCCAAAGUUGAGCCCCGCCACUUCCCAGCCCUUUAUGUCGGACAUGCCCCUGGAGCCUGUUGAAUGGACAGGGGCUGAAGAGUCUCUUUUCCGUGUCUUCCAUGGGACUUACUUCAAUAAUUUCUGCUCAAUUGCUCGACUUCUGGGAACCAAAACAUGCAAGCAGGUCUUUCAGUUUGCAGUCAAGGAGUCCUUGAUAACAAAGCUGCCAGCCAAUGAACUUUUGAAUCCCUCCCAAAAAAAGAAGAGGAAACACAGGCUCUGGGCUGCUCAUUGUAGGAAGAUCCAGCUUAAAAAAGACAAUUCAUCCACUCAAGUGUACAACUACCAGCCCUGUGACCACCCAGACCACCCUUGUGACAACUCUUGUCCUUGCAUCAUGACCCAGAAUUUCUGCGAAAAGUUCUGCCAGUGCAAUCCUGACUGUCAAAACCGAUUCCCAGGCUGUCGGUGUAAGACCCAGUGCAACACCAAGCAAUGUCCCUGCUACCUGGCUGUGCGUGAAUGUGACCCAGAUCUCUGCCUGACGUGUGGAGCCGCAGAACACUGGGACUCCAAGGUGGUCCCAUGCAAAAACUGCAGCAUCCAACGAGGUCUCAAGAAGCAUCUGUUGUUGGCCCCAUCAGAUGUUGCUGGUUGGGGAACCUUCAUCAAGGAGGCUGUGCAGAAGAAUGAAUUUAUCUCAGAGUACUGUGGCGAGCUCAUCUCUCAAGAUGAGGCCGACCGACGUGGGAAAGUCUAUGAUAAGUAUAUGUCCAGCUUCCUCUUCAACCUCAAUAACGAUUUCGUUGUGGAUGCUACUCGCAAAGGCAAUAAAAUCCGUUUUGCAAACCACUCUGUCAAUCCCAAUUGUUACGCUAAAGUAGUGAUGGUGAAUGGAGACCACCGUAUUGGGAUUUUUGCCAAGAGAGCGAUCCAAGCUGGUGAAGAGCUCUUUUUUGAUUACAGGUACAGCCAGGCAGAUGCACUCAAAUACGUUGGCAUAGAAAGAGAGGGCGACAUAGUCUGAUUAACUGAGCGCUCCUGGCCAGCGUCACUUCACCCUAUCCAUGCUGCUUCCUUCAUUGCUGUGUGUGUCAUGAGAGCUUCGUUCCACAUGAACCCCUCUGCAGAGGAGAAAACGAAGAAGUCCGCUUCUCCUGUAGUUGUGAGACUCUGGCUCCAAGGCCUGUGAAGAAUUGGUGUUGUGCGGAAGGAAUUGGGAUUUCAGUUCUCUUGGUUUGAACCGAGAAGUGAUUCCUUUAUUUUGGCAGACUCUCCCCUUGAGGGCAGGGAGAAAUUCAGCAGAAAACAGUGCCACCAACAGGGAAGGAUAGAUCAUAAAGUGCUAUGCAGAGGCUCUAUGGGGCAAAGAAUGUGUAGGCUUGGGUAAAGGGUAGGAGCAGGAGAUAAUUAAGAGUCUGUAUGGAAUGUAACGGUUGGUAGAAGUAUGAGAGUACUUGUGAAGUGCAAAAGAAAUAAAGUGGAGGUAGAGGUUGCAAAUGGAGGGGCCAGUAAAAGUUGAAGGAGCUUGGGGGGUGGAGCCCAUAGCCCUCUUGUUCAUUUUGAGUCUUCCCUGACAAUGUCAGCCCCUUCCUGUCCUGGCUACACUGGGUCUCCUCUCUCUAUAUAUAUCUCUUCACCUCAUCAGUAUGUGAUAUGGUUUGAGAGGUGUAAGUUGCAGAAGAACAGCUAUUCGGAGACAGUUAUUUUCCUGCUGGCCGAGAGUUACAGAAUUCCUCUUGAAUUAUUGAUAAUGCUCCCAUCCCCUUAGCAGCAGGAAGGCUGUUUGUCUUCUCUCUUGAUGGGCUCCUUCAGUGAAAGUUUAGACUUGGCGGUUGCAGUACUAAAGUAACAUUCUUUAUUAAUUGUUGAUGAGGGCCUCAUCUUUGGUUUUGGUUGUCACUUUAAGAUUUUUUUAUCGGUAAUUUUUAAGGUUCUGGAGGUUGCUUAGUGGGACUUACUGAGGGGAGAUGGGUGGAUGUAUGUUUUCCAGAUUGAUGCGAAUGGUAAUUUGCUAAUGUAUCCCUUUUAAAACCAGGAUUUCCCCCAGCCAGCCAUGUACAAAAAGGCUAUUAGAAUGCACUUUAGAAUAAUUCACUCCACCAAGGCCAGCUAGCAGGGAGCAGGACUCCCUGUGAGCUCUCCUGAGUGGAAAGCUGACUCCUCCUUUUCAGUGUAGAUUACUGUAACAUCUAGAAUCUGGAUACCGUAUCAAAUUCUAUAUUUGUUGUUUAGCCACAAACUAAUUAUAAGACCUUCUUAUUGCACUGUUGAAGGUUUUUACAGGUGUCAGCAGUAGACUGAAUCUUUGUGUCAAAGCAGGAGAGUGUUUCUCUCCCUCCACAGGAGAUAAUGUAGUAACUGCUCUUGCCAGUGUUGGAGAAUGCAAGUAUAAAAACAAAUCAUUUUACCAGAUGUAAAGCAAUGAUGUUAUCAAUGUGCACAGCUUUGCAGAAUGUUUAGUUGGGCAUCAAGGAGUGGUAUCUUAAUGAUUGCACGAAGAGCAACAUUUGAUUUAGGUUAAAGUUUUUGUGUCACUUCCAGGUGGCUGUCCAAAUGUAAAAAUAUUGAGUCUUCUUUUUCUAUAAAACACUCCUAAUUGUUAUUGACCAAUCCCCUUCCCCUGGCUUAAUAUGCAUGUCUGGAACAUAGGAAGCAAUACUUAACAGUGACCUGCAAGCAUGUUUAGUGUGCCUUUACUACUCUGUAACUGCAACCUACUGUUUGCCAUCAGAGAUCAGGGGAAAGGGCUUCCAAGUGUGCGUACGCAAUUGCUGUGGGCCAAGAGUUCCUUUGUCUGUCUUAGAAACCAGCCACAGAAUUAACUAAACAAUAGCCGCCGCCCCCACUCUUCACUUUUGUUUUACUAAACAGCUCACCCACUGUUUCUAAUAGCAGUGAAUUGUGCAUAUUCCGUUCCUGGAGUUGGGUUGUUUUAUUUGGUUGUUGGCUAUUUGCUGCUUCUCAUGUAGACAUGACAAAACGAUACCAUGUUGUUGCCAGUUUCUGGUCCACCCUCUUUAUUACAAGCCACUCACCACUGGGACUUAAAAGGUCUCAACCCCCAGAGCAGCAGCCUCGUCAGAUGCAAACCCCAAAGGCCACCUUCCUUUCUCAGUCUGGAACUGUUGGACUGAAACAUGGAUAUUCUCUGGAAAAUGAUGUCUAUAAAAUAUGAAUUCACCCUUCUUGAGAAAAUACAGCACUAUCAUAGCAGAUACACCACAGAGCUUGGUGUCCCGUUAUUCACUACAGGGGUCAAAGCUACAGAUGCAAGUUACUUUUUCCCAAUAAAUAGCUGAGACUAGGGGGAAUAAAGGCUCUGGGUCUUGCCGAAGGCUAUAGUGUGACAAGAAACUGGCAACAGACUGGGGCAAGUGGGGAGGGCUUCUGUUUCAUUCAUUGGCCAGUUGUUUGAAGUGCCAAACAGUGUUUGAUGAAGUCACUCUUGUCCCGAAAGGGGGCUGUCAGUACUAAAACUGUCAGUGACUUGAAGUGAUGCAUGCCCAAUAUUUUGUCAGGGGACAGGUCUACAGUAGUGGGUGUUCUGUCUGUCUGUAUUUGCAAAAGUACCUUGACUCAUGGAGGCAUUGCUCUUGCAACUCACGAGCAUUUUAAACCUCACAUCCAUAGUGCAUUAUAUUGUAAUACAAGUCUGUAUCGCUUGACACUUUUGAGGCACAGCACCGAGGUUGGGCAGAGUGUAGCUGUAGUCCCAUUCCAUUGCUUUAAGUGACAAAGUGUGGCAGGUACUACAUAACUAUUAAGAGCAUGUCAUGCUUUUCCCCAUCUGCUCUCUGUACUUUGUGGAAUUGCUCUCUCAUGAAAUGAAAAAAGGGGGGCUUCUCAAAGCAACAUGAUCCACCCUCCCUCCUUGGGCUGCUUGUGACUCUGUGCUUUGCUGCUGGCAAAUUAUGUGCACUUUAUAUUACAGCUUGUAAAGGUUUGUCUUAAUAAAGUUGUAGUGACUGCUGAAAUCAA